CUCCCUCCGUCUUUACAUGUGCGCCCGACACACCACCUCCACCUCCACCUCCACCGCCGCCGCCGCUACCAGCACAGCUCUCUCCCGAGUGGACACACUGCAGGGGAAGAAACCAACGAGCCCACCAUGGAAUAGGAAUACAGCCGGGACCAAAAAACGGGGGAAAAUAAACCUCUCUCAUCUUUCUUCCUUUCUCCCUCUUUUUUUUUUCUUCUUCUUUUUUUUCGCUUUUCUGACGCCUCUCUCGCAUCUCUCCCCCCUCCGCACCACCACCUUCUCUCUCGAUGUCUCUCAACAGUUUCUGAAGGGAUCGAAGGAAAAGGAAAACCAUGAGGAUUAUUAUUUUUUCUUGGCACUUUCUCGGGGUGUAUUCCGCCCUUUGGGGGCUGGCGGCGGGGGCUUUCCCCAGCUCGGUGCAGAUAGGUGGGUUGUUCAUUAGGAAUACUGAUCAGGAGUACACAGCGUUUCGACUAGCUAUCUUCCUUCACAACACCAGCCCCAACGCUACGGAAGCUCCCUUUAACCUGGUCCCACAUGUGGACAAUAUAGAGACCGCCAACAGCUUCGCUGUCACCAAUGCAUUCUGUUCUCAGUAUUCGAGAGGGGUCUUCGCCAUCUUUGGCCUUUAUGACAAGCGCUCGGUGAACACGCUGACGUCGUUCUGUGGGGCCCUGCACAUCAGCCUCGUGACGCCCAGCUUCCCCACUGAAGGCGAGGGCCAGUUCACCCUGCAGCUCCGGCCGUCCAUCAGAGGGGCUUUGCUGUCACUGCUGGACCACUACGACUGGAGCCGAUUUGUCUUCCUUUACGACACGGACAGAGGUUAUGCAAUACUGCAGGCAAUUAUGGAGAGAGCAGGGCAGAACGGAUGGCAGGUGAGCGCUAUCUGUGUGGAGAGCUUCAAUGAGGCAGCAUACCGCCGACUCUUAGAGGACCUGGACCGACGUCAGGAGAGGAAAUACGUCAUUGACCUGGAGCCAGAGAGACUGCAGAGCAUCCUGGAACAGGCUGUCAGUGUGGGGAAACAUGUGAAAGGUUACCAUUACAUCAUAGCAAACCUGGGCUUUAAGGACAUAUCUCUGGAGAGGUUCAUGCAUGGCGGUGCCAAUGUGACUGGUUUCCAGCUGGUGGACUUCAGCAGGCCGAUCGUCAUUAAACUGAUGCAGCGCUGGAACAAACUGGAUCAGAGAGAGUACCCCGGAUCUGAAAGUCCACCCAAGUAUACCUCAUCGCUAACAUACGAUGGCGUCCUUGUGAUGGCCGAGGCCUUCCGCACCCUCCGCCGACAGAAAAUUGACAUCAGUCGUCGCGGCAAUGCCGGUGACUGCCUGGCAAACCCAGCUGCUCCCUGGAACCAAGGAAUAGACAUGGAGCGUGCUCUCAAACAGGUUCGCAUUCAAGGCCUGACUGGGAACAUUCAGUUUGAUCACUACGGUCGGAGGGUCAACUAUACCAUGGACGUGUUUGAACUGAAGAGCAACGGACCUCGCAAGAUUGGCUACUGGAACGACAUAGACAAACUCGUGUUGGUCCAGAAUGAAAACACUCUGUCCAAUGACAGCACAGCGAUGGAGAACCGGACAGUAGUCGUGACAACCAUAAUGGAGGGUCCCUAUGUGAUGCUGAAGAAGAACUGGGAACUGUACGAAGGCAACGACCAGUUCGAGGGGUAUUGCGUGGACCUGGCCUCAGAAAUCGCCAAACACAUUGGAAUCAAAUACAAAAUCUCCAUCGUGCCUGAUGGGAAAUACGGCGCAAGGGACCCAGAGACGAAGAUAUGGAACGGCAUGGUUGGAGAGCUCGUGUACGGGAAAGCAGAAAUCGCCGUGGCCCCACUGACCAUUACGCUGGUGAGAGAGGAGGUGAUCGACUUCUCCAAGCCAUUCAUGUCUCUGGGAAUCUCCAUCAUGAUCAAGAAGCCGCAGAAGUCGAAGCCAGGCGUUUUCUCUUUCCUGGACCCGCUGGCCUACGAGAUCUGGAUGUGCAUAGUGUUCGCCUACAUCGGAGUCAGCGUUGUGCUCUUUUUGGUGAGUCGCUUCAGUCCGUAUGAGUGGCACGCAGAGGAGCCAGAAGAAGGCACAACAGAGCUGGGCCCCACGGACCAACCUCCCAAUGAGUUUGGCAUCUUCAACUCCCUCUGGUUCUCGCUAGGAGCCUUCAUGCAACAGGGCUGCGACAUCUCACCACGGUCUCUGUCCGGACGUAUUGUCGGAGGGGUGUGGUGGUUCUUCACCCUUAUCAUCAUCUCCUCUUACACGGCCAACCUGGCUGCUUUCCUCACCGUGGAGAGGAUGGUGUCGCCCAUAGAGAGCGCAGAGGACUUGGCCAAGCAGACAGAGAUAGCCUACGGGACACUGGACUCGGGCUCUACAAAGGAGUUCUUCAGGAGGUCCAAAAUAGCCGUGUACGAGAAGAUGUGGUCGUACAUGAAGUCGGCCGAACCGACCGUCUUCACCAAGACCACGGCGGAGGGUGUGGCGAGGGUCCGCAAAUCUAAGGGGAAGUACGCCUUCCUCCUGGAGUCCACCAUGAACGAGUACACGGAGCAGCGCAAGCCGUGCGACACCAUGAAAGUCGGAGGGAACCUGGACUCCAAAGGAUACGGGAUUGCCACACCGAAAGGCUCACAGUUAAGAACCCCGGUAAACCUUGCAGUUUUGAAACUGAGCGAAGCAGGCGUCUUAGACAAACUGAAAAACAAAUGGUGGUAUGACAAGGGAGAGUGUGGACCCAAGGACUCUGGAAGUAAGGACAAGUCGUCCCAGGCUCUCAGCCUGUCCAACGUGGCCGGGGUCUUCUACAUUCUUGUGGGCGGCCUUGGCCUGGCCAUGCUGGUAGCCCUGGUCGAGUUCUGCUACAAGUCACGGGCCGAAGCCAAGCGCAUGAAGCUGUCUUUCUCUGAAGCCAUGCGGAACAAGGCCCGUUUGUCCAUCACAGGAAGUGUGGGGGAGAAUGGCCGCGUCUUGACGCCAGACUGCCCUAAAGCCGUGCAUGCUGGCCACGCCUCCCUCCGACACCCCGGCCUUGCAGUGGUCUCCUCCGGACUGCCCUGAAAACCAAAAACACCUGCCGUGCCUUAACGACACACAGACAUACAAGACUUCGACAAGGACACACGCACACAUGCGCUUACAUACAAUCACACACAUAUCCUUGUCAUGCGUACCAAACAUACACACACACACAAAACAUGCAUAUAUACUCAGAUACAGACACAAUGAACACACAUUCUUACACACUUGAAGACACAAACACACACUGCGCAUCAUCAUCAUCUCACGUUCCUGCUGCCAUGACUUAUUUUACCAGAGACAGGUGAAAUACGACUGUGGAGUGAACAGUGGAGGGGAAAAAAGACAACUCUGACUAUCACACUUGCCUGCAGCAUUCAUUUUGUUGUUUUCCUGGGAGGAUACCAUCCUGAUAUCGACAAACCGACGAGAAAGCCAGCACAGACUGACAAGAAAUGAACUAUGAGCUGUGAACGUGACCACGAUCCCGAUCAUGAUGAUGAUAGUGAUAAAGAUGAUGAUCGCAGCUGACAGUAAAAGAGAAAAAAAAGAGACAACCAAACAACUCUGUUCCCGCUCUGUCGUCAUUGGACAGUGUCGGCCAACAGGCCGCACCCCUUGACAACGCCUUACUAAGACUCCAAACAUUGUUUUCAUCAUCAUCAUCAUCAUGGUCAACGUCAUCUUAACUUGCCUGCAAAGACUGAGUGCCAGGUAUAAUCACCCUUAGAAGACCAGAAAACUGUAACCUUGAACGUUCGGACUGUGCAAACCCGCUACUUUGCUAUGGACUGUUCAAACUGAAUGAAAAUGCUUUCUUACUACGCAUAUAGAAUGAUUUCUCGCCCCGGAAACAGGUGAGAUAAUCAGCCAAUGUAGAACAGAAGUAACCUCCAAAACACACACGUGUGCGGCUGAACUUGGCCACAGAAUUCACAGGGGUUUGUAAAAGGAAAAAAAAAAAGCAAAACAAGCAGUAGUAAUUUACAAAGUCCUUCAUCAACAGCAUCAUCAUGACUGUAGAAAUGCUAAAUAGCAAACCGAUGAUUUCUUUUUUUGCCGAGGUUUAAGGCAAAGGCGAGGUUUAAACUGUAUAUUCAGUGGUGGAAAGAAAAAAUAAAACACGUGGGCAGAUCUCAUAUGGCUACCGAACAUAGUGCUUCUCAACCUGAACACUGGGACCUUAAAGAGACAGAGCAAUACAUAUGUUGUAUAAAACAUUUGGGCUAUAACCCUUUCACUUGUGGCAACAAAGUCCACAUCCGUGUCCUUUUGAAUCAUUACAGGUUCAGCAUGCUAACCAGCUAGCCCCUCGCCACUCUAUACCCUAAACAACACUAACACGUGCUCUGAGCUCCCAGUGUGGGCAGAAUCACAACGUAUUAGAUAGUUUACAGCUCGCUGCACGGUUAGCCGAUCUCACGAGCAAACGGCGGUUACAAUUAGUAGCAGUUAGCGGUUGCUCUGGUGACACGCCUCCCCUGAAUCCAAUAGGUGUCCUUUUCUUACAUGUUGCACCUUUAAUCCAAAUAUCUGGGCAAAGUUAAAGGCAAAUGAAAGUUCAUUAUACUUUGCACUGCUCCAAGCUUUUCCACCAGCUAGGAAUAGGUUUGUAUGCCCAAUUAUGAACCGUUCUGGGCAGUUUGACCAAAAAUAAAUUGAUUGGGAAUUUGAAAAGUUGGUUCCCAAGCGGUGAUUUCCUGUAACUUUAAGUGUGAAUUGAAGUGUGGGUGCAUUGUGCAACCACUCCCAUUAAAAACGUGUUCUUGAUUACAGUGGUUCCACUUGAAACUUGCAGGCAGGCUGCUCCACCUGAUAGCGCCGAGAAUCUUGACGGAACCGGUUCAAAGGGGGUGAUAAGGUUGAGAACCACUGGUCUGUGAUGUGUGUGCUUCAUUUGAUUUGAACUAUAAAGACCCAUAGGUGCAGUUUUCAGUUUCUCUACAAGUAACGACUCUGACCAGUGGUUUGGUGGCCAUUUGAGAUCCUCAGUCUUCUCCAGUGGCCGGGGAAAGGUAUCAUAUCAGAAAGCUUGCUUUUUAAAAACUGUUGUAAAUAACUGCGUAGCAAAACAGAACUCACUUGUCUUUUUUAAUCAUCUUAGAUAACAAUUCAUUGCAAUAAUGAAUAUAAAAAGAACAAUGCCACUACUUGUAAUUAAGAUCAAAUCUUUUUUAUAAAUCUACAUAUUAUAUAUAAUACAAAUGAAUAUAUAUCUAUACGUCUAUAGAGAGCUAUAGAAAACAUUGCUCACAGAUUGUCAGAGGCCAUGGCAUACAUUCUGUUAUAUGGCUGUUUUUUUUGAUAUCUUGGGAAUAUUGAUAUGCCACAGUCUUUGUGUGUCCUACUCAACACUGAAUGUCCAUCUGGCACUCACACGGACACACACGUAGAAACGCACGCACAUCGUUGCAUACACAGGGUCAGCUCAGAGUGAUCACUCCAGCGCCAUGAGAGGGUCGGACAAAUUGAUUUCUGCCUGCCCGUCUGUUUUAUGAGUAGUUAGUGACUGUUUCUCAUCGUCCAGCGAUGUUUUUAAUUUCAACAUCUUCAGCUCAGGCUGCAGAGGCUCCUGAAACCGUACGGAGAUGCCAGUGUUCGACACUGAAGCCCACACAGCCAGAAGGGGGAGGGAGACAAUGCUGUCUGACAUUUUGGAGAGUGUAGCAUUUGUGUCGCAAUUCAUACCGCCUCAGUGCUUUUUGUUAUUUGUCUUCUCACCAGAUGUGAGUCAGCGACAGAUUGAAAUCCAGCAAGAGUUCACACAGAGCAGGGUUUGCACUUUUUGGGGACAAGAUUGGAUCCCGCGUGCUCAGCGAGAGCGAUCAAUCCUACGAAAUGUUUGGAAAUCUGCAAUAAAAAAAGAUGGCAGCCUGUUUUGGCACAUCCACUCCCUGCCAGCCGUUGAGAGAGGAGAUAUACAUUAAUAUCUGAGGACCAAUUAGGAAAUGAACAAGUUUUACAUGGUUUAGCGCAGUUUUACUUCUACGUGCCAACACAAUUAGCCUGGUGGUGACACUCACAAAGAGAUUGUGUGGGAUUUAGAUAUUGUGUUCUCUGCCCUGCUCAAACCAUCUAUUGUUAGUUUGUUUAAUUCUGCUGUUGUCCUUGUUCCCUCUCUUGUUUUGUCUACCCUCCAUUCUGCCUUCGUCCUUCCUACUGUAAGACAGAACUCUCUGUAUAAAGUGCAUCUCAGCAAUGUCAAAUUACUUCAUUUUCAACCCUGAUACACGGCAGAAUAAUGGUAUAGAGAUGAAUCGAGAACUCGCGAUGCCAAUCGGACAAUCUGAGUCUCAUCUGGUCCUUUAACCCCGGAUAUUUGAAAUCUUUUACGAUGUAUCUGUUACCAUUUAGCGAAAAAGAAAAAAACAACAGAAGACCUUCCACUACUUUGUAAAACUCACACACGUACCUCAUAAUGCAUCCGUCCUGCGUCAGACAUAUUCAAAUCAAACUCAACUCGAAGACCAUAAACAGAAGUAUCUCAGACAGCGACCCUCCCUAUGGCUAAAACAAACAACAGUUUCCUAUCACUUCCUCUCAGCCCAGGGGAUCACUGCAGCAGUACUGCAGCAAUGAGAGAACCGGUGGAAAUAGUGGGUGGAUGCAUUUGCGCAGAGACGCGGAUCUAGCUACACUCGCCACACCAGACACCACAGGCAGUCAAACUAUACAUGUUACUGAUGUGUUUUGUUCCGUUGCCACCUCCAACACGUGAGAUUUCAUGCGUCGACAGCACAAAGCGGACCGCUGGGCUGUCAACACUCUGGCUUUAACACGGCCUCUUUUCUUCCUUCGUUUCUGUCCUUCCAUUUGGUUUCUUUUUCUAGUAAAACAUCAAUGCUGAA